GCGAUCUCAAAAAAGAGGAAACUGGAGUGGAAGGACGGAAACAUUUUCAUUGAUCAGCAUGUGUUUCCUGGGAAGACAUAUACAUGUAUGAAGAAACCCCACUCGCACGACUCUCACAAAGAAGCGAAGGAAACAUCUUAUUACACCCUGGAUUCUAUUUUCUUCUUCUGGAAGACGUUUUCACAAGAUAGCACCAUGGAGCAAGGUAACUAUGCGCUGUUGUGCGUAGAUAACAAUGUGGAUGCUGUGAGUUUGUCACAACAUGACGCAUUGUUGAACUACUUGAAUGGAACAAAAGAUACUUGCACAUAUAUGGAUACCUCUGCUUCCUUUCGGUAUGUGAAGCCCCAGUUUGCUGCUGCUCUCGCAAAACCGACUGGAGAGAAGAGCGAAGGGGACGCUUCCUCUCAGGGCGUCAACAACAUCCAAGCGUACAAACGAAUCCGAACCAUUCUCGGCAACGAAAAGCUAUACGAGACUCGUUCGAAGAUAAUCAAUCUGAACGGCCGAACCAAAUUCACAGAAGCAAUCCGCAUGCUUUCGCGCGAAGAAAAAUCCUCCGCCCCUCACAGCAGCGAGGACUGGCGGAACCGAAUGCGCGAGAACGUGGGCAUCAUCAACACGGAAGAAGGUUUCUUGUCGCACGACGGACCGGGCAUGGAAGACAGCUACGCGAACGAUGCGAUCAUCGUCGUGGCUCCUUCCGUCGGCGACAAUGUGAUCACCAUGUUCAACGUGCAGCGAUUCUUAGAGAACGGCGAGUACGUCUCCAGCGAGUCCAUUCGGAAGGUACCCCAUUUCCCCGGUUUCCACGUAGAAAUCGCCGUUGAAACCGCAGGAAAUCGAGAUAACGCACACGAUCAACGGCCGAGCGAUGCGGUUCCGCUUUAUCGACAACCCGACGACCCUCACCGCGCAGGAGUGGAAGCGCGUCGUCUGCGUGAUGGCAGGGAACCAGGCGUGGCAGUUUCGCGGAUGGGGAUUUUCGAGUCCCGCGGUUUUGUUUAG